CUAAUUCAGAUAUCUGUCAAUGGCUCAAAUUCUGUGCCUGACAUCAACACCCUCUCCUCAUAUACGGGAUUUUCCUCUUUGACGGUCUGGAUUCAAACACUUGCCUACGCUAGCCUCGCGUUUAGCGUCUUGGCCGCGUUUGGGGCAGUCUUGGGAAAACAAUGGCUGCACUCUUACAUGGCAAAUCGAGGACGAGGGACUCUCGAAGAGCGCGGUAUGCGCAGGCAGAUGAAGCUAGACGGAGUAGAAUAUUUCCGUCUAAGGGCUGUCUUGCAGACAUUCCUGGUGCUGCUCCAGAUUUCAUUCCUGCUCUUCGGCCUCUCGCUAAGUGCCAACGUGUGGGUCAAGCAAACCAAGAUAUCCAGUGUUGUCAUCUGCACCACAGCUUUUGGCAUUCUCUUCUACGUGGGCAUUAUCCUCAUGUCGGCAUUGUGUCCGGACAGUCCUUUUCAGACACCAGGGCCAGGGUUAUUUACGGCUAUCUGCCAAAAAAUUAUUCCAAAGACAUUCAGAUCGACUCGCAACACUGGUAGAUUUGCCAAAUCAUCCGCCAUUCGCUGGAUACUAGAGACAUUGACGAACCCGGAGGUUGUCGAGGCUGCGGCUAUGAUUGUACCUUGCGUGCAAUGGCCCCCGAGCCUUGAUGUUUCAACAGUCUUCGCACGUUUACGUCGUCAUUUUAUGGCGUGUCGUGACACUGACAAGGAAGAGCUAUAUGUAAAGUAUGGCAAAGCUAUGGCCCAUCUUUGCAUCCAGUCGGGGAAAAUCAGUCGGGGACUUUUGGAAUUUUAUUCAGACAAUAAAUUUCAGACAACCCAAAGCCGUUUGGUGCACGAUGCGUUCAUGGCUGGUCGUGCCGCCUACAAUCAGUUCAAGAAGUCAUGGGCAGAAGACGCUAAACCGAAGCAUCGGGCCAGUGCACGUACUGCUCUGAGAACAAUGCUUGUCCAUGGAUUGUCCUUUAGACUUUCAUGUCCGGACGAUGAAGAGUUGACUUGGAGAGGUGAUCUACAAUGGCGUUACAGUGAUGGGCAUACGCCCAGCUGUGAAGAAUUCGAUUGGCUCGUCGAUUACCUGGCGGAUGGUGCAGAGUACCCCACAGACGAUGAAACAGAAGGUGAUGCUUUGCUAGCACUGAGCGCCAUGCGUGGACUAGGGAGCUCUACCAGGCGACUGUCCUACAUCAGGUCGCUUAUCCGCUGUAUGGACUCUCCCAGACCUCCCCGAGUCCGGCAUAGCGCGCUUAGAGCUGUUUUUGAAGCUCGAGAAGAACUAGCUUCUAUA